CAAAUACCUAUUCUCUGCACAUUAACAUACUACUCUGGCUGUAGCCGAUAUUCCGCGACGUUAGCAAUCUCUAUACGGCUUAACCUUUGUGGUCUUUCAGACAAGUCCAAACAGUCUUUGAGCCAUACGAGUGCUACGGCACACGCCUCAUUAUGUCGAAACACUGGGAACAAAACAAAGAUGCGACCGUGUACGUCGGCAACAUCGAUGAGCGCUUCACCCAAGAGUUGCUCUCCGAGCUCAUGACGCAAGUCGGCCCCGUACGCCAGGUACAUAUGCCACAGGAUAGAGUCUCGCAAACACAUCAAGGUUACGGCUUCGUCGAGUUCGAUACCCCCGCUUCCGCCGAAUACGCAGCAAAGGUCCUCAACGGAAUCAGGAUUUGGGGAAAGCCAAUUCGCGUUAACAAGGCAAGCGCGGACAAGCAAAAGACUGUCGACAUCGGCGCCGAGCUCUUCAUCAACAACCUCGAUCCCCAGGUUGACGAAAAGAUCCUGUACGACACAUUCAGCCAGUUCGGCCAGAUCCUUCGGCAGCCCAACAUUGUCAGAGACGACAACAACAUCUCAAAGGGCUAUGGUUUCGUCAGUUUCGGUUCCUUCGAGGCUAGUGAUGCUGCUCGAGCUACGAUGAACGGCCAGUAUCUACUGAGCAAACAGAUUACCGUCGAGUAUGCGUACAAGAAGGACGGAAAGGGCGAGCGGCAUGGUGACGAGGCCGAGCGUAAGCUGGCCGCCGAGGGCAAGAAGCACAACAUUGUUCCGGAACAACAGCCUUUGCCGCCCGCUUUCCACAUGACGAGGCCUCCUGCCCCCGGCAUUGCACCUGCUGCCGACAUCCCUACCGCGGCCGUUAUUCCUCCCGCCGCCGUGGCGCCAGCUGUACCCAUCCCCGUGGGCGUACCUGUCGCGGCCGCUCCUGCCUAUGGCGUUCCUCCUCCCGGUCCUGCUGCUAUGGGUCGUUCUGGACCCCCAUAUGGUGCCGGCAUGCCACCCGCAGGUGGUCGGAUACCCAAUCUCCCACCCGCACCCUCCGGUCUCCCUGCAAGGCCACCGCCCAGUCACGGUGGCUUUGGGGGUCCAGUUGGUGACUUCCACCCCGGAGGAACUGCUUUCCGUGGUGGCCCUCCCGGUCCUCCAGGUCCCGCGGUACCUCCAGGGCCUCCGGCAAUCUACCCUGGCAUGGCUCCUCCGGCUGGAUUUCCGGGUGCUCCGCCUCUUGGCGCAUCUAUGCCUCCUCCUGGUUUUAUGCCUCCUCCUGGUGCUGCUCCUCCUCCGGGAUUCGGCGCGCCACCCGGAGCACCCAACGGGUUUGCCCGGCGUUAGAAGACCGAUCUUGCAGAUGCUUUGUCUGGCACACCAAAUCACCAGGAAAACCGGAGAAAGAUGCCGAAACUGUCCAAGUCCAUGCGGAAAAAGGAUGCAGAGAUUGAAGGGACGAAGGAUACGGAAGCAGAUGGAGAAAGAUACGAGCGAAGACUCUGAUAUAGCCCAAGGCAAGAUUGAGCCUCUGGUGAGGAAGCGGAGAGAACGUCU